AUGGCUACCCCUAGUGUCCUCGCUUUUGACGCUGAGGGUCGGGCUAUUGACUUUGACGUCUGGCUAGAUCAUCUGCAGCUUUUCCUACAGUGCGAUAGGGCAGACGGUCUCUCCCUCUUUGACCUUACCUCUGGCGCCUCUCCUGCCCCUACUGCUGAUGCUGACGCCACUAUUUGCUCACAGUGGGCCACACGCGAUGCUGCUGCACGUCUUGCUGUGCGUCGCCACCUGCCUACCUCUAGGCUCACCCGCCUCCCCGACUCUCUGAGCGUAGUCAGGGACCACUUCCUCUCAGUUUGCCCCACCACUCUCACCGUUGACCUCCUCGAGAAGGCCCUCCUAGCAGCAGAGAAGAUCAGAGUCGCUGUAGGAGCCUCUCGUGGUGACCCUCGCACCCCCGUAUUUGAGGGGUGUUCCCCCUCCCCCCUCCUGCCCUCUGUUGCCUCUGCUGCUGCGGUCGACCUCGUUGGUUUCGAGUCGGUCCGUGCUGCGUCUGCCCUGAGCGGGAGACGCCACACAGGCAAGGGCAAGGGGGGCAAGGGCGCUGGAGGGGCUGGCGGGGGUGGCGGAGGUGGCGGUGGAGGCUGUGGAGGGGGUGGGGGUGGUGGUGGGAGUGGUGGCGGGGGUGGAGGUGUUGGUGGCGGCAGUGGAGGCGGAGGCGGCGGCGGCGGUGGCGGUGGGAGCGGAGGUGGCGGAGGUGGCGGAGGUGGAGGAGGCGGCAGCAGAGGAUGUGGACCUGGUCGGGGUGGCGCUGCACAGAGGGUCGGCUCCAGUGGUGGUCAACGCCAGCAUCAGCAGCAGCAGCACCGCACGCGUGACAUCCCCCCCCCUCAGCAGCUCCGUGAGUGGUACGCUGCACGCCAGCGGGGUGGGGGUACUGGUCCGUGCACCUACGUCCUACGCACCGACGACCGCGCAGGUGAUCAGUGCGGGGGUGCGCACUCCACCCAGCGCUGCUUUGGCCGCCUGACGGACGCUUGGCGUCACCAGUUCCCUGAGGCCACUGAGAUCCCUCGCUGGGGCGAGCUAUCUAGGGCGGGAGUAGCUGUCUUUGACCUUGACUUUGAUGCUAUUCUUGCUGUCAUGUAUGCUGUGACUGUUAGUGAUGAGGGUGACUGUUACCGGUGUUUUCCGCCCGACCCGAGCAUUGAGACUACUGCUCAAGGUGCUGGUGAGGCUACUGCUCUAGGUGCUAGCGAGGCUGCUGCUCUAGGUGCUGGUGAGUAUGCGCUCUCAGGUCUUUACCUCCCCUCGUUCUCUACGAAAUUGGUGAGUGGUGCUGACCUACAGGAUGCGGGGGUUCACCAGUUCACUCCCGCGAGUCAGCGGGUGACCCACUGCACGGACGCUCGGACAGGCCGACACUUGGCCACGUUUACACGUCGGCCGGGGUCAAGCCUGUACACAUUGACCACUGCGUCUCCUCCAGUCACUGCGUCUGGUCAGGUAGCUGCGUCGAGUCAGGUGUUUGCUGCAGCGUCCAGGUCUGGUCCUGAGUCUGCCCCCUGCUCGUGUCGCCUCCUGUCUCACGAGACUCUCCUCUGGCACCACCGCCUUGGUCACCCCUCGCUGCUUCGUCUCCAAAGCAUGGCCUCCCGUGUCCUUAUCUCUGGUCUUCCCCGGUCCCUCCCUCCCCUUCCUCCGGGGCCUGGCCCUACCUGCGUCCCCUGUGUUGAGGGGCGGCAGCGGGCUGCCCCUCACUCCACUCAGUUUCCUCCGACAGAGGCUCCGCUGCAGACGCUUCACAUGGACGUGUGGGGCUCAGCCCGCAUCCGUGGACAGGGUCACGAGCGCUACUUCGUGCUGGUGGUUGACGACUACUCGCGUUACACCACAGUCUUCCCCUUGCGCUGCAAGGGUGAUGUCACUGAGGUGUUGAUCGAUUGGAUCCGCGCAGCUCGUCUCCAGCUCAGGCAGAGCUUCGGCUCGGACUUUCCUGUUCCGCGUCUGCACUCUGACAGAGGCGGAAAGUUCUCUUCUGGCCUUCUGCAAGCCUACUGUCGUGCACGAGGCAUCCGCCAGACCUUCACGCUUCUCGACUCUCCACAGCAAAAUGGGAUUGCUGAGCGCCGCAUUGGCAUGGUCAUGGACGUCGCCCGUACGCCCAUGAUGCAUGCGGCUGCUCCCCAUUUUCUGUGGCCGUUUGCGGUCCGGUACGCGGCGCAUCAGAUCAACCUUCACCCCACGGUCUCCAUGCCGGAGACCUCCCCAGCUUUGCUGUGGACGCGGAAGGUUGGCGAUGCGUCUGCAUUCCGUGUCUGGGGAUCUCGGGCGUUUGUCCGCGACUUGUCUGCGGACAAGCUGUCCCCUCGUGCUGCUCCUUGCGUCUUCCUAGGAUUCCCCCCUGACGCACCAGGGUGGCAAUUCUACCACCCCACCUCUCGCCGUGUUCUGUCCUUUCAGGACGUCACGUUUGACGAGUCGGUCCCCUACUACCGUCUCUUCCCCUACCGCACUCCGUCCCUCCCCCCGCCACCGCUCUUCCUUGUGCCAGGUCCCCCCCCGGUAGACCCCCUCCCCCCUCAGGGUCUUGCCCCUUCAUGUGUGUCCCAAGUAGACGCUGUUGAGCCUGUUGAGGUGGCUGGUGACUCUGGUGCUGCUGAGGGUGCUGAGCCUGGGGGUGCUGACACUUGGGGUGCUGAGCAUGUGGGUGCUACGCCUGGGGGUGCUGAGCCCGAGGGUACUACGACUGGGGGUGCUGAGCCUGGGGGUGCUGGGUCUGGGGGUGCUGAGCCUGGGGGUGCUACGUGUGGGAGUGCUGAGCCUGUGGGUGCUGAGCGUGGGGGUGCUACGCGUGGAGGUGUUGAUCCUGGGGGGAGAGCUGCUAGAGCUGGAGGUGCUGCGGGUACUGGAGGUUCUGCUGCUGCUGAGGGUGCUGGUGCCGCGGGUCCCGGAGGUGCUCAUACUGGGAGUACUGGAGCUGCUGGGCCUGCAGGUACUUCUAGAGCUGGAGCUGCUACGGGAGUUGGCACGGAGGCUACUGCUGUCAGUCCUCGAGGCGGUCCUACUGGGGGUGCUACUGGUGGUGCUGGAGGUACUAGAGCUGGAGGUGCUGCUGGCGCUGGUGCUGCCGCUGGAGGUACUGGUGCUGUCACUGCUGUGUCUAGAGUCAACGCGCGGCCUCGACCGUACUUCGUUCCGCUUCUUCAGCAGGUUCUUGGUCUCCCGCCUUCUACUAGUCCUCCUCCUCCCUUAGAGUGUCCAGAGCCUGUCCCGUCACAUGGUCGCGGUUCGCGUCAGCGUCCUCCUCCUAUCCCUGGCACGCACCGGAUGUCUCUGCAUCCGUCCACUUCUCCUCUGCGUGCCCCUUUACCUUCUCCUCCUGAGUCUUCUCUUCCUGCACUUGCCGACCCGGAGUCGGACUCUCUUCGUGCUGCCAGCCCUACUGUCACGCGUCUCCUUGCUACUGUUGUCACUGACCCUUCCUUUGAGUCCACUGCUGCGUCUGCCCUAGUUGCUGAGCUCGUCGACUUUGCUGCUCGCUGUCGCCUAGACUACGCCGCCAGUCUUGUUGCUGAGUCUGAGUCUGUCUGUCCUCCGUCCGUCGGGGGAGACCCGGAUGCACUUGACAUCCCGACUCCGCGCUCUUACGCGGAGGCGAUAGAGGGUCCCUUCUCCUCUCAGUGGCAGGCAGCUAUGGACGCAGAGAUGGCUUCCUGGAAGUCCACACGCACCUACGUUGACGCUGUUCCCCCGCCUGGGGCGAACAUCGUCAGUGGCAUGUGGAUUUUCAGGGUGAAGCGGCUGCCGGGUUCUCCGCCUGUCUUCAAGGCGCGUUACGUGGCUCGUGGCUUCAGUCAGCGGCAGGGAGUUGACUACUUUCAGACCUUCUCUCCCACCCCGAAGAUGACCACUCUUCGGGUACUGCUGCACAUAGCUGCUCACCGUGACUACGAGCUACACUCUCUUGACUUCAGCACUUAUUUCCUGCAGAGCAGCCUGCACGAGGAGAUCUGGCUACGCCGCCCACCUGGCUUCACUGGGACUUUUCCUCUUGGCACCCAGUGGAGCCUCCGGCGGCCAGUCUACGGUCUCCGCCAGGCACCGCGUGAGUGGCACGACACACUGAGGACUACACUUGCGGCUCUUGGGUUUGCUCCUUCUACUGCCGACCCGUCGCUGUUUCUGCGCACCGCCACUUCUCUGCCGCCAUUCUACAUCCUCGUGUACGUCGACGACUUGGUCUUUGCCACAGCUGACACUGCUUGA